AUGCUCUCACGUGUUGCUGCAGUCAUGGCACCCCGCACACACAACCGUUGCCGCGUGACCGGAUCCAGCGGAAGGAGGAGGGAAGGAGGAGAGAGUGAGCCGCAGAGACCCAACAUGUCCCGGCAUCACUUCUACUCUGCGCUGCUGUUCCUCUUUUUGGUGGUGUGCUGCGGCACUGGAGGGGCUGCAUCCAGUGAGGUGACGGCGCCAGGUUCGGGAAAUGCAAGGACGUAUUUUGAUUGGAGAGAUGCGAAAGAUGGGGAAACAGUGAGUUCGCUCCGUGUCCCCAGUCUUGUUGAGAUGAACGGUGAUGUGUUUGCCGUUGCCGAGGCGCAGUGCACGAGAAAAAAAGAUACUGUUGAAGGCAGUUUUACUGGGAUUGCCUCGGAACUCCUGACGUUGACUGGUGAACAAAAAAAAGAGUUGGAUAAAACUAAACUGAAGACACAAGUACUGGAGGAAUGUCCUUUUGAAGGUGGCAAUUGUCCCUCCCAAACCGCUGCUAAGGAACGUGGUUCCCAAAGCGAAACGAAAGUACAUGUGAGCCGGCCAACAACGGUUGUGGAUGGAAGUGAUAUUUACAUGCUUGCUGGGAACUACAGCAAUAAAGGCGUCUCUGAUGAUCAGGCAGGUGACUGGGGACUUUUGCUGGUGAGUGGGAACGUCAGUACUGUUGACAGUAAAAAAAGAAUUUAUUGGAAUGAUACUUACGGUCUCCCGUGGAGUUAUAAAGUCAAACAACACGAAUCCUUAACGCAGCUGACUAACGGCGGUGGAUCGGGUAUUAAGAUGAAUGACGGCACGCUUGUGUUCCCUGUGGAGGCCACGAAGAAGGCAAAUAAUAAGGAGGAUGAAGUAAAGACAACGACCGUUUCGCUAAUCAUUCACUCCUUGAAGGAUAUUGCGAGUUGGACACUGUCGAAGGGGAUGUCUGACGGUGGCUGCAGUGAUCCCUCCGUCGUGGAGUGGGAGAAGGACAAAAAACUCAUGAUGAUGACUGCGUGUGGUGAUGGCCGCCGCAGGGUGUACGAGUCCGGUGACAAGGGGGAAUCGUGGACGGAGGCACUCGGGACGCUCUCGCGCGUGUGGGGCAACAAAAAGGGUGAAAAGGUUGAAAUCGUUAGGAGCGGGUUCAUCACAGCGACGAUUGAGGAAAGGGACGUGAUGCUCGUUACUCUGCCGGUGUAUACCAAGAAGAAAGAGAAAGAAAAUGGAAAAGGCGUACUCCAUCUUUGGUUGACGGACAGUACGCACAUUUCUGAUAUUGGGCCGGUGUCCGGAGAGGAAGAAGACGUUACCGCCAGCUCCCUGUUGUACAAAAGUGGUAAAAGUGGUGAAAAUAAAAAGGAGGAGUUGAUUGCACUGUACGAGAAGAAGAAGGGCGGUGAUGAAGACACAUCACACGAUAUGGUUACUGUGCGUCUGACUGCGCAGCUGCAGCGGGUGAAGGAGGUGCUGAAAACGUGGAGGGAAGUGGACGAACGUGUUUCCAAGCUUUGUCCCACUGAGAGUGUUGGGAGGGAUGCCUCAACUGGCACUGCAUGCACUACUGAUGUUAAGAUCACGGAUGGGCUGGUUGGCUUCUUGUCCGACAACUUCUCUGAGAACACAUGGAGGGACGAGUACCUCGGGGUGAACGCCACAGUAAAGGGGAAUGAUAAUGGGAAAAACAAUAAAGGUUGGGCUGCAAAGGCGGAAGAUGGUGUGAAGUUCCAGGGAGCGUGGGCGGAGUGGCCUGUUGGCGAGCAGGGGGAGAAUCAGCUGUACCACUUUGCGAACUACAACUUCACUCUUGUGGCGACGGUGUCCAUAGACGGUGAGCCGACGGAGGGUAAUAUUCCAUUGUUGGGUGUGAAGAUGGAUGGCGAUGGGUAUCCUAUAUUGUUGGGACUGUCGUACAACAAAGAAAAGAAGUGGCAGUUGCUGUGCGGUGGCGAAACAAAUUCUAAGGAUCUCAGCGUAUUUUGGGGGCCAGAGACGAAGGAAGAUCACGUGGUAAUUUUGCUACGGAACGGCAACCAUGGCUCCGCGUACGUCGAUGGUCAGCGUGUGGGGGAUGCGCAAUGUGAAUUGGAAAAUACAGAACCGAAUGAGAUCUCACACUUCUACAUUGGAGGGGAUGGAGACAAGACACGGAACCAAGGGGACGUGUCCGUGACGGUGACGAACGUCCUGCUGUACAACCGCCCGCUGACUUUUUCAGGUACGAGAGCCGAGGUGGAAGAAGUUACCGAUUCAUAA